GAAAUUCUUUUCGGAUUUCUUGUUUCCCUAUUUCCUCCGGUUUCCUCACUCGCACGUCGGGACAUUUUCUUGAUCUCUCGCAGUCGGCUCUUUCGAUUGGUAUGUUUUAUGUCAACAUAUGCUUGUAAUUGUCGCCACUUACUAGCUCUUUCUUGGAUGUAUUACUCUGGUUUGAUGAGUGAAUUUUGAAAUUGCGGUUUUCCUAACGUAGAGAGAGAGUGAGAGACAGCGAUUUGGAAACUGUCACCUUCUUGUUUGUUCGGAUCAAUGCCUGCUGUGUGGAAAUUUCUCGCUUCCUUGUCUGUUACUUGUCAUGUAAUAGUCUCUCUGCGCGUUUUUGACAAAAACUAUUGGGUUUCUUGUUGGGUUUGAUCUUUUGCUUGAAUUUUGAGAUUGCGCUCAAGUGGCGGUUUUAAGGUUCUAUUUCAGGUACUUGGGGGUAUUAUUUAUUCAAUUUAAUCGGUGUUUGGGAAUGGUCGAUUCUUUUCAUACUCGGGAGCUCUUUGUCUUGAUAAGAUUGGUGGGUACAGCUCAGAUAAGCGGUAGACUUGAGAUAUUAUAUAUAAGGUAUUCUUGAACUCUAAGAAUUAUUGCAAGUAACAGGAAGGGAAGGAAGAGGGCUUUCAUUCGGCUGCUAUAUAUCCCUCCUUGUUUAUGUUGCUAGGCCAAUCAUUCUCUUUUACAUCAUCCCACAUUUCUCUGUAGUCGACUCUGUAAGUUUCUCUAUUUUCUGUUGCCUGCAUCUUCAAUUCUAGGCAGCUCAGAAGGCUUCUGGGUAUUGGUUAAUUUGUAGAAAGAUAUGUUAAAUUCGUGUUCUUUACAUAUGUGAAUGGGGAUUGCAUGAUCUGGUAUUCUCUGGAUGUAAUAGCUCAAUGGCAACUGUCUGAUGUUUCUUCUUGAUCCUUUUUGACUGAAUUGUUUGGUGGUUCUGUGGUGAUUGUAGAGAAGAUGGGUAAUCUGUUUUGCUGUGUUCAAGUUGAUCAGUCCACUGUAGCUAUAAGGGAACAAUUCGGGAAGUUCGAUGAAGUUCUUGAGCCUGGAUGCCACUGUCUGCCCUGGUUCCUAGGAAAGCAGGUGGCUGGCUAUCUGUCUCUGAGAGUUCAGCAGCUGGAUGUUCGUUGUGAGACCAAGACAAAGGACAAUGUUUUUGUUACUGUUGUCGCGUCUAUUCAAUAUCGCGCACUGGCAGAGAGGGCGAACGAUGCGUUCUACAAGCUUAGCAACACUAGGGGCCAAAUCCAGGCCUAUGUUUUUGAUGUGAUUAGGGCAAGUGUCCCAAAACUCCUUCUGGAUGACACUUUUGAGCAGAAGAAUGACAUUGCCAAAACUGUGGAAAAUGAACUUGAAAAGGCCAUGUCUCACUAUGGGUAUGAGAUUGUGCAAACACUCAUUGUCGAUAUUGAACCAGAUGAGCAUGUAAAGAGGGCGAUGAACGAAAUUAAUGCUGCUGCAAGAAUGAGGGUGGCUGCUACUGAGAAGGCAGAGGCUGAAAAGAUUCUGCAGAUCAAGCGGGCUGAAGGUGAGGCUGAAUCGAAGUAUCUCUCGGGGUUGGGUAUCGCUCGCCAGAGGCAGGCAAUUGUGGAUGGAUUAAGGGACAGUGUAAUUGGCUUCUCUGAGAAUGUACCUGGUACAUCUGCCAAAGAUGUCAUGGACAUGGUCCUGGUGACACAGUACUUUGACACCAUGAAGGAAAUUGGUGCUGCCUCCAAAUCCUCAGCUGUCUUCAUCCCCCAUGGCCCUGGUGCAGUUCGUGAUGUUGCUUCUCAGAUUCGCGAUGGUCUUCUCCAAGCUAAUGUACAUUAGUAAAAUAAACCUCCAAUGCAUAUUCGUGGUUGUGGUUCUCUCUCACUUUGAACAAGAUGGUUAUGGAGGAAAAUAGUUGGUUAUGGUGUUUCUUUUUCUCCUUUUCACAUUAGAUAUGAAGUCUUAUGCUUAUUACCUGUAUAGCAUAUAUAUAGAACAACAAGCUACGUUUGAGAAUGAAUAUGAAUUUGUUUGUGUUUGAGGGAUAUUAGGAUUUCUGGUGGAAAAUAAUUGUAAUUCCUGCGUUAUAUCUUAUUGAUUCGAGAAAGAGAACAGCUUUGCGUUCUGCCAUUUGGGUUUUUGUACUAUUAGAGCACACUGAACAGCUGCUUCAAUUUUUCAACCUAUGAACGUUCCUCCGUUCAGCUCCAUUUU